GCAUUUUCAGUGCCAGUUUUUUUUUGUGCGCGUGUGCCCCUUGCUACUUGGAUUCGCCUCCAUGUCCGAGAGGCUGGCUUCCCGGUUCGCGGCAUGCCGCGAUGCAGGCCGCACAGCCUUCGUGGCUUUUGUGACGGCGGGCUAUCCGACCAAGGCGGACACCGUGCCAGCCAUGCUGGAGAUGGAGAAAGAGGGCGCAGACGUGAUCGAGCUGGGAGUGCCCUUCUCCGACCCGAUGGCAGAUGGCAGUGCGAUCGAAGCUGCUAGCGUUGUGGCUAUACAGAACGGGACCGUCUACUCCGACUGCAUCAAGUACGCAAAGGACGCCCGCGAGAAGGGCCUGACAGUGCCAGUGCUUCUCAUGGGCUACUACAACACUUUCCUUGCUGCCGGCAUCGAGGCCACGUGCAAGGAGUGCGCGGCUGCGGGAAUUGACGGAUUCAUUGUUGUCGACCUUCCGUGCGAGGAGGCCUGGCGUGCGAUGGCACCCGCUGCCGCCAACAACAAGCUGAGUCUCGUCCCGCUCGCGUCUCCCACGAGCGGGCCAGAGCGCAUCGCGCAGGUGGCCGAGUGCGCCCUCACCCCCUCGCCAGGCAUGGUCUACGUGGUGUCGCUGCUCGGCACCACGGGUGCCCGCGACACCGAAGCAGCCGACUCCAAGGCCAAGCGCCUGCAGGAGUGCAAGGGGGUCGUGGACUCCGUGCGCGCCGCGGCCGAGCGCCUCGGCUGCCCGCGCGGGCACCUCCCCGUCGUGGUGGGCUUCGGCAUCACCAAGCGGGAGCACGUCCAGGAGUUCGGUGCCUUCGCGGACGGCUGCGUGGUGGGCUCCAAGAUUGUGACGGAGAUCGCCAAGUCAGGCGUCGCAGGAGUCGGAAAGCUUGUCCGCGAGCUGAGCGGGGGGCCCUUGCCGGGCACAGUCGCGGCGAAGCCCGUGGAGCCGGCGGCGAAGCGGCAGAAGACCGCGGCGGAGGCAGAUCAGAUGAAGAAGCACGCGGACAAGUGGAACUUCCAGAGUACGGUCUUCGGCGGCCGCUUCAUACCAGAGACGCUCAUGGUCGCCCACCAGGAGCUGGAGGAUGCCUGGGCGAAGUGGAAGGUGGACCCCGACUUCAAGGCCGAGCUGGCGCGGCUCCGGAGGGAUUUCAUCGGCGGGCCGACCCCGCUGUACCACGCCAAGCGCCUCAGCGAGAUGUGCGGGGGCGCCCAGAUCUGGUUCAAGCGCGAGGAGCUGGCGCACACCGGCGCCCACAAGAUCAACAACGCCGUCGGCCAGGCGCUGCUCGCCAUCAAGCUCGGCAAGAAGCGCAUCAUUGCGGAGACGGGUGCCGGCCAGCACGGCGUCGCGACGGCCGCAGCGUGUGCGAUGCUCGACCUGGAGUGCAUCGUCUACAUGGGCGAGAUCGACACGGAGCGCCAGAAGCUGAACUGCUUCAGGAUGAGGGAGCUCGGGGCCUCGGUGGUCCCGGUGAAGAGCGGCAGCCGGACGCUGAAGGACGCCGUCAACGAGGCGCUGCGGGAUUGGGUCACGAACAUCCGGACCACGCACUACAUCAUCGGCAGCGCGGUGGGGCCGCACCCCUUCCCCGACAUCGUCCGCGACCUGCAGUCCGUCAUCGGCAACGAGGCGCGGGCGCAGAUGCUGAACCAGACGACCGGGCCGACCGGCCACCCGACCUUCACGAACGGGCCGGGGCGCCUGCCGGACACCGUAGUGGCGUGCGUGGGCGGCGGCUCCAACGCCAUCCCGAAGGACGUGGAGAUCGUGGGCGUCGAGGCGGGCGGAGUGCACGGGCCGUGGCUGCCCGACGGCAGCAGGACGGACAAGCACGCGGCGACGCUCACCGACGGCGUGGAAACGCACUCCAUCAGUGCCGGCCUCGACUAUCCAGGAGUGGGCCCGCAGCACGCCUCCCUGAAGGCUCGGGGGCGUCCAAGAGGGGGGUGA